UAUAACUAUUAGAAGCUGAAGCUCACUGAGCUUAUAUCUCUCAGAAGUUAUCUGAGCACUUGAACUCAGACAUCACCAAGAAGAUGACUUGCCAGACUUACAACUUGUUUGUUCUGUCUGUCAUUAUGAUCUAUUAUGGACAUACUGCAAGUAGUCUAAAUCUUGUUCAACUUCAAGACGAUAUAGACAAACUGAAAGCUGACUUUAACUCAAGUCAUUCAGACGUAGCUGACGGUGGACCUAUUAUUGUAGAGAAACUGAGGAACUGGACAGAGAGAAAUGAAAAAAGGAUCAUACUGAGCCAAAUCGUUUCAAUGUACUUGGAAAUGCUUGAAAACACUGACAAGUCAAAGCCACACAUCAAACACAUAUCUGAGGAGCUCUAUACUCUGAAAAACAACCUUCCUGAUGGCGUGAAGAAGGUGAAAGAUCUCAUGGACCUGGCAAAGCUUCAGAUGAAUGACUUGAGAAUCCAGCGCAAGGCUGCAAAUGAGCUGUUCAGCGUCUUACAGAAGCUGGUGGAUCCUCCGAGUUCCAAAAGGAAAAGGAGCCAGUCUCAGAGGAGAUGCAAUUGCUAAUGGCAUCUUAUGAGCUUUUGUGCUCAACUAUUUUAAAUUUUACA